AGGAGAUUUGGAGCGGCCGCAAUCUGAGGUGAACGAUCAAAAUCUCAACGAUUGGCUUCCGAUCACCAAAUCGAGGAACGGAAACUGGUGGUACUCUGCUUUCCACAAUGUCACCGCCAUGGUCGGCGCCGGAGUUCUUGGUCUUCCUUACGCCAUGUCGCAGCUCGGAUGGGGACCGGGAGUGGCGGUGAUAGUGCUGUCGUGGAUAAUAACGCUGUACACGCUGUGGCAAAUGGUGGAGAUGCACGAGGCAGUGCCAGGGAAGAGGUUCGACCGGUACCACGAGCUGGGUCAGGAGGCGUUUGGGCCGAAGCUGGGCUUGUGGGUGGUUGUCCCUCAGCAGCUGAUGGUGGAGGUCGGCGUCAACAUCGUCUACAUGAUCACCGGCGGCAACUCCCUCAAGAAGAUCCACGACCUCGCCUGCCAUGGCUGCCGCCCCAUCAAGUCCACCUACUUCAUCAUCAUCUUCGCCUCCGUCCACUUCUUCCUCUCCCACCUCCCCAGCUUCAACUCCAUCACUCUCGUCUCCCUCGCCGCCGCCGUCAUGUCCUUGAGUUACUCGACCAUUGCUUGGGUGGCUUCUGCGCACAAGGGGCCGCUCCCUGACGUGAGCUACGGCCACAGAGCCUCGACCUCCGCAGGCACCGUCUUCAACUUCUUCUCUGCGUUGGGAGAUGUGGCGUUCGCGUUUGCCGGACACAAUGUGGUGUUGGAGAUUCAGGCCACGAUCCCGUCGACCCCAGAGCGGCCCUCCACGAAGCCCAUGUGGAAAGGCGUGAUUGUGGCGUACCUUGUGGUGGCCCUCUGCUACUUCCCCGUCGCCCUCGUUGGCUAUUGGGUCUUUGGCGACUCUGUCCAAGACAACAUCCUCCUAUCCCUUGACAGACCCCGCUGGCUCAUUAUUGCUGCUAAUCUCUUUGUUGUUAUUCAUGUCAUUGGCAGCUAUCAGGUGUUUGCAAUGCCAGUGUUUGAUAUGAUGGAAUCAUUCUUGGUCAAGAAGAUGAAGUUCAGGCCCUCUGGGUGCCUUCGUUUCACCACUCGAACCAUCUACGUUGCAUUUACAAUGUUUGUUGCGAUGACAUUUCCAUUCUUCGGCGGACUUCUCAGUUUUUUUGGAGGCUUCGCAUUUGCUCCCACAACAUACUAUCUGCCUUGCAUUAUGUGGCUUGCCAUCAAGAAACCAAGACGCUACAGCCUAUCUUGGUUUACUAAUUGGAUAUGCAUCGUUGUUGGAGUAACAUUGAUGGUGUUGGCCCCCAUUGGAGCACUGAGGCAGAUCAUUCUUCAAGCUAAGAGCUUCAAAUUCUACUCCUAGAUCAUCAUCUUACACUUCUUCCUUAUUUGUCAAUUCUUUUAGAGAGAAGAUUCUUCAACAUAG